CUGCGGGCCCUUGGGCAAAUCUCUGCCCUUCUGGGCCAGUGAAUGAUCAGGGGGCGGAGUGAGCUGGCUCACGCCCAUGUCUCCCCGAGAGCCCGCCCUUCUUGGCAGGCCGGCCAGGGUGAGGUGGGGUGGGCACGCCCUGGGCCCCUCAGAAUUCCCGGUGUCAGGGCCUCCCUCCCUGCCGCCUCCUUGAGCCACGCUGUGGAGGGCACGGCAGCUGGCUGGCCCGCAAGUAUCUUUUCCUCCUCCCACUGGUCUGAGUUGCCCCUUGUCCCAGGGACCAGCAGACCCUUCCUGAGGGCCCCGGGCGGCUCCUGAGGCCGCCUCCUCCCCCUCCCCACUGGCUGGGUGGGGGUGGGAAGGGGGAGGGCGCAGUCAGCUGAGCCCCGAUGAUUUCCUGCCCUCACCCGGCGCUCACCACAGCUUCCUGCCGCAGGCAGGCAGGCACUGAGAAGAGGCAGGCGCAGAGCCCAGGGGCAGGUAGGGCUGGGGCACAGGGUCUGUGUAGGGGUGGCUGGCGCCCCAGACUCCAGGCCAGGGCUUGACCGCCCUGUGUUCAAGGGUCUUUCAGAGCCCGCGCUGACGCUCGCUGAGCCCACUGAGGGGAGGAGACCCAGGGAGCCCCCUAGGAGGGCGCGGCUGCCCCCCCACCAGGGUCCCAGCCUGGUGCCCGCUCGGCCCCUCUACCCUUUCUGGCCUGGCCCUUGCCCUGCUGCUCCGUCCCUGAGGGGUGUGCGGCGAGCAGCUAGGCCCCGUCCAAGCUCUCCCCUGCAGAUGGAGGCAGUCAGCCUGGUCCUCUUGGUGCUGGGCCUCCUGCCGCUGCCUCUCUUGGCCGUGCUGCUGAUGGCAUUGUGUGUGCGGUGCCGAGAGCUGCCAGGCUCAUAUAAUGACACUGCUGCCUCCGAUGGUUUGACCCCAAGUAGCAUCGUGAUCAAACCGCCUCCCACGCUCGCCCCCUGGCCACCAGCCACUUCCUACCCGCCUGUGACCUACCUGCUCCCCAUCCCGAGAUCCCCACAGCCCCCCGGAGGCUCCCACCGCAUGCCGUCUUCCCAGCAGGACUCAGAUGGUGCCAGCAGUGUGGCCAGCUACGAGAACGAGGAGGCAGUCUGUGAGGAUGCGGACGAAGAUGAGGAUGAGGAAGACUAUAACAACGAGGGCUACUUGGUCGUGCUUCCUGACAGCGUCCCGGCCGCUGGCGCCGCCGUCCCCCCAGCUCCUGUGUCCAGCAACCCUGGCCUCCGAGAUAGCGCCUUCUCCAUGGAGUCGGGGGAAGAUUACGUGAAUGUUCCUGAGAGUGAGGACAGCGCGGAGGCGUCUCUGGGUGAGUGGCUGGGGUCUGCCUUCCCUCCUCCCUCUCGUGCCCCCCCCCCCAUCCUCACUCUCAUUCCGGCCUUGAGGGUGCCCGCCGCCCCCUCUCUGGCUCCCUCGCCCUCUGCCCGGGUGUCCUCCUCCUCUCACGCCCUCAGUGUGGCCUGCCCCCCUUUCGGUACGGCCGUCCCUCCUUCUGACCUGUCCCCGCAGAUGGGAGCCGGGAGUACGUGAACGUGUCCCAGGAGCUGCCGCCCGGGGCGAGGAGCAAGCCUGCCGGCCAGAGCUCCCAGGAGGUGGAGGGCGAGGAAGCUCCAGAUUACGAGAAUCUCUAGAUCCACUGAAGGCCCGGUGAGAGGCCCGCCCGGCCCGGCCCGGCCCGGCCCGGCCCUGCCCUGCCCUGGAUCUGCGGGCCCUGGGCCCUCCCCGCCCUCUCCUCUCUGAGUCUGGGGCCCCUGUGACCGCCACCGACCUCCUGACCUUGUACCCCUCCCUCUGUCCCUGUCCCGCUGUGUUUCAGUGAGAGGCCCUGCCGGGUCUGGAGCCAGCCUUGCCUGGGAGUGCUGAGCUAAGCAGCCGGCAGUGGCUCUGUGGGCCCCCACUUGGCACCCCGCCCCGUCUCCAGCCUGACGACAGCCUGAGGACUUUCCCCCUAACUUAUUGUCACUCACUUCGGGGUCCCGUCUGUGUGGCCCCAGUACUCUGCACCUUCUGACGCAGCCUGAGAACGAGUCACCCUGGCCCCAGCCCUGCUCUGUAACAGAAUAAAGGCUGCUGUGGUCUGUAGUGCUCUUAGCUUUGGGGGGCCCAGUGGGUCGGAGUCAGGGUGAGGGUGGGCUGGGUCCGAGGUCCUGAGUGUGUGUGUGUGUGUGUGUGUGUGUGUGUUUAUGGGUCUCCAUCCUCGCAGACCCUCUGUGCUCCCGAGGGUCCUGAGCAGGUAUGUGUGAGUGACUGAACGAAGCCUGGGACACGUCACCUUCUGAGUGAGGCAGUUCUGAGCCCGGCUGGCACUCCUGGGGCUCAGGUGCGUCUCCUCAUGAGAUAGUCCUUGGAAGUGGCAGACGACGGCCGAGGUGAUGGGAGAACAGGGCGUGGGGAAGCGCUGGGUGGGCAUCUAGAGCAAGACCCUUCCCCACUGGCCCCUGGUUUCUCCAUCUUUAAAACAAAGGGGUGGACUUGAUGACCUCAAAGGGCUUUCUUUUUUAAAAAAUUAUUAAUUAAUUAAUUAAUUUUUGGCCACAUUGAGUCUUUGUUGCUGCUCAGGGGCUUUCUCUAGUUGCGGCGAGCGGGGGCUACUCACUGCGGCGGCUUCUCAUUGCGGAGCACGGGCUCUAGAGCGCAGGCUCAGUAGCUGUGGCGCACGGGCCCAGUUGCUCCGCGGCAUGUGGGAUCCUCCCGGACCAGGGCUUGAACCUGUGUCCCCUGCAUUGGUAGGCGGAUUCUUCACCACUGUGCCACCAGGCAAGUCCCCUCAAAGGGCUUUCUUAAUUCUUACUUUUUGUGGUUCUUAAUAAAACAGAACUUUAAAAAUUGUCUAAGCAACUGAAAAAGUUAACAGGCUCUUCAGGCUUGACUUACAGAUGACUCGCGUGGGGGUGUUGCGAAAAUGCAGAUUCUGAUUCAGUCCAUCUGGGAUGUAGCCUGAGACUCUGCAUUCCUAACGAGCUCCCACGUGGUUCCACUGCUGCUGCUCCAAGACCCCCUCUGAGUAGGAGGGCCUGGUGGAUAACCUGGUCGUUGGGACUGGCCCCCGUGCGGGCGUGUGACAACCUGGCCAGAGUGAGGCCCAGCGCUGGACAUGGGCAGGAAGUGUCAGGAAGGAGAAGCUUUUUGUUCAUGGCAGUCGUGAAGCCGGGAGAACAUGGUCCUGGAGCCCCCACCUGGAGAGCCUCCUAAGAAUGAAGCCAGCACGGAAGAGAGGAGGCCUGGAGGUGGGCAGGGCUGGCUUCCUGGUGGUGUCAGAAUGCCUGGAUCCAGUCACACCUGAAGCGAGUGAGACAUCCCCUCAGACUCCUGGUUACUUGGGCCAAUAAAUGACCAGUUUUCUUCAACCAGCUUGAUUUGGGGUUUCUGUGACAUACAACCAGAGUAGUCCUGAGCGGGACGCAAAGUUGUUGGCGGCCUCUGGCCUCCAAAGGUAAUAGCAACAGCUCCUCUAUGGAGCGCUUGCCACAUUUCCGUGCUUAUUUCGUCAUUGUCACGCCCCUGUUGUCUGUGCGUAUCCCCAUUUUGCAGGUGAGGAAACACAGGCUCAGAGAGGAAAAGUGACUUGCAGUGGCAAAUCUGGGCUGAGAUCUGGGCCUGUUG